AUUUUCAUUUCACAAAAACCGACCCAAACACGUUAAUCAGAAGUGAGAAAACAAACCAGACAGCACCGAACAAACCCUCUCUGCAUAAACCUUCGACAAAAUCCUGUGAUGUCUUCCCAACAAAAACAUUGUGGUUGCCACAAACUCCAAUAAAACAAAACCACCAUCAAGUUUUCUCCUUGUUCUUCUUUUUCUACGGCAGAACUGUGAUUAAUGUCUAAACCUUCAUGGUGGUGAAAUGCUUACUCCGUAACAGACUUCACUUCCAACAACAACAACAACAACGUUUCUUCAGGUUCUAUUCUCCAACUUCUUCCGCAUUCAUGAUAUUAGAACAUGAAACUCCAAAUUUCAAUGACCCACUUCCCAAAACCCCAUCAAAAUUGUCUCUUUUAGUUGUUAGAGUCUUAAAGUCUUUAAAUUGGAGGAAUGCAAGGGAAAUAAAGUUCAAGGGUUGGGUUCAAACUCAUGGUUUUUCACAUUCAAUCAAUUCCUUUAGAAUAAUGAUUCAUACUUUUGCUUUAGCUGGUAUGCGUUUGGAAGUGUUUGCAUUGCUUAGAGAUAUUGUUGGAUACUAUAAAGAGGAAAAUCGUGACGCGUUCGAAUUGUUUUCGGCUUUGCUUGAUUCGCCAGACCAUGUUGAAAGGUCUGUUGUUGUGUUUGAUAUGCUUAUGAAAGUUUUUGCUUCGAAUGCUAUGCUUGAACAUGCUUAUUAUGUGUUUGUUAGUGCUAAGGAUGUUGGGAUUGAACUGAAUAUAAUGUGUUGCAAUUUCUUGUUGAAAUGUUUGAUAGAAGCAAAUAGAGUGGAUGGUGUGAGAUGUUUGUUUGAGGAUUUGAAAAACUUUGGUCCUACGCCGAAUAUCCACACUUAUACUAUGAUGCUGAACUUUUAUUGUAGAGAUGUUGGGUGCAGUGUUGAUAUUAGACGGGCUUCUGAGAUUUUAGCGAAGAUAUAUAGGAGUGGGGAAACCCCGAAUGUUGUCACGUAUAGUACUUAUAUUAAGGGACUUUGUAAAGUUGGUUCCUUUGAGAUUGUUUGGAAGUUAGUUUGUAACUUGCACCGUAAAAAUCAGCCUCUCAAUAGCCAUUGUUUUAAUGCUGUCAUAUAUGGACUUUGUCAAAGAGGUUCCGUAGAUGAAGCUUCAGAAGUUUUGGAAGAAAUGAAAAACUUUGGAGUAGUGCCUGAUUUUUAUAGUUAUAGCAUUUUAAUUGAUGGAUUUUGUAGGGAAGGUGGUAUGGAUUCAGCCAUCAAGAUUUUGAAGGAGAUGAGUAGCAAUAAUAUUGCUCCUUCUGCUUUUAGUUGUUGCAGUCUAAUUAGGGAAUUCUACAAAUUGAGACGAUUCACUGAAGCAUUGGAAGUUUUUAGUAUCAUGCAAAAACAUGGUAUAUGGCCAGAUACAAUCGCUUGCAACCAUAUUCUUAGUAUUUACUGUAGGGGAAGCGACUUCAAUGAAGCCUUGGUAUUGUCGGAGGAAUUCCAACAACACGGAGUUAACCUCAACCCAUAUUCAUAUAAUGAAUUCAUCCACAAGAUUUGCAGAGAGAGUUUGCCAAAAAAGGCACUGCAGCUUCUGCCAAUGAUGCUUAAAAGGAAUGUACUUCCGGGAGUUGUUAAUUAUAGUACUCUUAUAUCUGGCAUUGCCAAACAGUCAAAUCCUAAAAAAGCUGUGAUGUUAUUCACAAGAAUGACAAAAGUAGGAAUCACUUUCAACGUCAAAACGUAUACAAUUCUUAUUGACCUAUGUACCCGUUAUUGCGGAAUUCUUAAAUCAUAUUACUUAUUUGAGGAAAUGCAAGAAAGGGGUGUAUAUCCAGAUCAGAUCGCGUAUACAACUCUAAUCACUGCCUUUUGUAAUACCGGAGAAAUGGUUAAGGCACGGGCAUUAUUUGAUGAAAUGUUGCGGGAAGGAUGUUCACCAAAUGUAAUUACUUAUACUUGUAUGAUUAGUGGAUAUUGGAAGUUAAACAUGAUGGAGCAGGUUAUGAGGUUGUAUAAUGAAAUGAAAGAAAAGGGUGUAUAUCCAGAUCAGAUCGCAUAUACAUCUCUAAUAGCUGCCUUCUGUAGUACUGGAGAAAUGAUUUUGGCGCAGGCAUUAUUUGAUGAAAUGUUACGGGAAGGCUAUUCACCAAAUGUAAUUCUUUAUACUUGUAUGAUUAAUGGAUAUUGGAAGUUAAACAUGACAGACCAGGCUAAGAAGUUGUAUGACGAAAUGAAAAAAAAUGCUGUAUAUUUAGAUCGGAUCGCAUAUACAACUGUAAUAGCUGCCUUUUGUAAUACCGGGGACAUGAUUAUGGCGCGGACAUUAUUUGAUGAAAUGUUGCGGAAAGGCUAUUCACCAAAUGUAAGUACUUAUACUCGUAUGAUUAAUGGAUAUCGGAAGUUAAACAUGAUAGACCAGGCUCAGAAGGCUGCAACUGGUUUGUCUCGUAAGGUUCCGUGUCUGAAAUCUGGUGCCAUUAGGUAGCUCUGUCAAAGGCUUUCAUUAUAUCCAGCUGAAAUUUGUAUAGUUGAAAGUGAUUCAGUUGGGGGAAGUGCUAAGCAAGUUCGUGAAUCGUGAUAAGCGAUUCCAGGUCAUUCUCCCUUUGGUGGUUAAGAUUCUGAAUAUUGAAAAGGAGGGAUGAAGCAGCAAUUUACAAAAAUGAAGAGAUCCAACAUUUAAUCAUUGGUCUUGGUCUCAUCGUGAAGGGAGAAGAGUUUUAAAAGGGUACACUCCAAUAUCAUAAGAUUAUCAUUUUGACUGAUGCUGAUGUAGAUGGUGCCCACAUCGCUUAUCAAAAAAAAAAAAAAAAGAUGGUGCCCACAUCCGAACUGUGCACCAACAUUUUCGAUACAUAUCAGAGAGCCUUGUUUCAUGAAGGAUGAAUAUAUGUUGUUGUUCCAACACUUUACAAGGUUUUAAGGUGAAAACAAGUGCACUAUUGUUAUGAUGAAGCUGAUUUUAAAAUCUUAAGUCGCUCUUAAUGCAUCAUACAACAUGCAAAGGUUCAAAGGUUCAUUAUUAGAUGUGUCUGCAUCAUUUGGUAUGGACAGAGUUGCUAUGUUGGAGCACUGCUUUAUGUGGUGGACCUUACAAAUUGAUAAAGAUGGGUCCCUGAUUUAUGUGUUGGAGCACUGCAGAAGUAGAAUUUUGAACCAUUGCUCAAGUAGAAUUUCUUAACAGAUCAUCAUUUUCAAAUUUAGAAUGAGAAAGCCAUUUGUUGAGAUGCAGUGGACAAUCGACUCAUUGAUCAAUGGAAGGUUACAAAGCUGAAAGAGUAUGUAAGGUAGGAUUUGGGUUCACUCAGCUUCAAAGAUUUGUGGAGGGCUCUACAAGUUAUUCCAGUGAUGCUUUAGAACAUAGAGAAUUAUGUUGCAUGUAAAUUAACUUGAAAGCAUGUUGCCUUCAUGAAGCUUUUACAAGGUUUUUGUAAGCACUCUUGGUUGGUUCAUAUUGCAUGUAUCUUUUGAGGCGGCUAAAGUACAUUAAUGGA